AUGGGUGUGAGGUGGAGGGGUAUUUAAGGUAUGAGUUGGCACGGGUCCGACCUCGGUCAACUUUAACAGCGCUUUCGCGCGAGCCGGAAGAGAGGGCCAGUCGGGGUUUGGGUGGACCGGCUGCUGCGUGGAGGACUCGGAUCGGCGACGUGUUGCAACAAAGCGAGCCGGAGCGAGAGAGAGCGCGAGAGAGACACACGCGCGAGAUAUCGACAUGGUGCAGCUGUCUCCUUCCCCUACCCCGGAUGUCUCCCCCCCACCUGAGUGCUCAGAGGACGGGGACAAAAGGCAGGAGAGCCUGAAGGCCGGCGGCCCGAAGAUGGACUCCCCCGGCGGGCAGGCUCCCCUCCAGCUCAACCUGGACGUCUCCACCGCCUACCACGGCUACGAGACCUACAUUGAGGACGGCCUCAUCUGCCUCAAACACAAGGUCCGCAACUUGGAGAAAAAGAAGCUUAAACUGGAAGACUACAUGAAGAGGCUGAAAGAGGGCGAGACUCUAAAUAAGGAUCAGAUGGAAGCCGUGGACAAAUAUCAGGAGGUGCUCCAUAACAUAACCUUUGCUCGGGAGCUGCACAAGACCCUGGACGGGUUGACCCAGAAUCUCCUGAGGGCCCAGAAGAGGGUAGCGAAGCGAGAUCAAAUGGAGAAGAUGGAGGCGGAAAGGAGGAGACUCGGCACUGUUCUUCAGAUUCAGCACCUCCUCCACAGCCUCGAGCAGGAGCACAUCAGGAAGGACCUCCUGGCCGGGCACAACAGCGCGCCGCACGUCCCCGCCCAGCAGCUGCAAAACCUCAUCCAGCUCGCCGCCCUGGUGGGCGUGAAGAGAGACAACAGACUGAGUUUGGAGGAACAGAUGGAGAAGUCUGCUGUGGUCUACUUGGACCUGCUGGAGGGAAAAGACAAGCCAGUGGCUGGCUCUACAUUUAAACUUCUGAAGGAGGAACUCGCCAGGCUGCUGGAUUGCGAGUACUUCAACUGCCUUCCUGCCCCGCCGAGCAAGACUCCAGAGGACUUCCUGAACUCGACUCACUCCACCUUAUCAAAGUUGAGCGAUGUUUCCAAAAAGGAGUUUUUCAACAGACUCUACAUAACCGACACGGAGACUCGUUCCACCGAGAACUGGAAAGCAGAUUUUCAGGCCAUGAAAGAACGGGAGCCUCCUGACUCCUGGGAGAUGGAGUUGGCAGAUGGGCUGGACUCCUCCAAAACUCCCGUCCACAAACCCUGGAGAGGUGUGGCUGCCUUCAUCCCCAAACUCCCGACCACCGCCAAGAAGCAAUCUGCCAAAACCAAACAAAGCAAAGAGAAGAAGGCCAAAGGAGAGCAACGUGUGAAAUCUACCUCUCAUAUGGAUGCCGCUGUGGAGAUAUUCAACUUCCCCUCUGCGUUGCCUAGUGACCCCAUCCUGAGGAAGCAGCACCUGGAAGACCUGAUGACAAAAAUCCAUGGCUCCUUCAAUUUCAUGCAGGACUCUCUUUUGGAUGGUGAGAGGUCUCCCACCAAUGGCCACCAAAGACUGGGUAGACGGUCAUCUGGAUCCCCCUCUCCACUAGCCACUCGGAGGGAAUCGAUGACGAGCCCUGUUGAUCUUCUUCCCAAAGCAAUGCAUUCCACUCCACUGCCCACCAGGCUCAUGGAGCGCAAAGCCAGUCUGACCAAUGGGGAGCCGGGUCUUGCGAUAUGUGAUCUUCCGCUUGCCUCAGAGGACCCUCAUGAGCCUCUUCAGCUGUCUGACAACGAGGCGUUCCCCUCGCCGCCUCUGUACUGCAGGGAGUCGACCAUCUCCGGUAGCCUGGAGGACAAGAAUCGUCCUCCGACUCCUGUGACUGAGUCAGGGAAACAGUCCCCUUGUAAUGGCAUGGUACCUCCUUGCACCUCCCCUCCUCCCCAGGAGCAGACCUUUACUACACCUCCCACCAGACGACCUCUGACCUCAACCACGUUUCAAAACAUGCACUCAGUUUUCAAGGUGAAUGCCCCCUUGCCUCAGAACGGAGAGUUGAAAUUCAAAGCGGACACUGCCGAGAUCAGGUUUAGCACUACUAGUACUCAAACACCACCUGAGUUUGCCCCCUCGGAGGACGAACAACAGCCAGCGUACCAGUCUGACUAUACGGUGGGUAACGGUGGACAGAUCUUCCUGUCCCCUGGCCAUUCAGGUGGAGGUUCGGGUCGAUCAGGCCAGUCGUACUACACCCGAGGAUCUGUGAGAGGUAUGACACGUGGCACCAAGGGACUGGCAAACUCCUUUCGCUCUCCUGGGUGGCACCGAGGAGGAGCCUUCAUCUCACAGAGUCCUCUCAGGGACACCAGCCCUCUCCUGUACGGCACCAGGGAGCCUGGAUAUCAGCAUGGCUACCGACAUGGAGGAGUAAGGCAUGGCUCCAGUGCUGGCUGGAGUGAUUCAUCCCAGGUGAGCAGCCCUGAUCGGGAUGGCAGUUUCACUAUCGUGGACUCGGGCCAAGGCGACUCCCUUUCAGUUUCCACCCUGGAGGUCUCCGUCGCCCCCCACGGCCACCAACACGCCACCCUGCUGCCCAUGCAGCUGUACCCGAUGUCCCACACCCUCCGGGUGGCCUUCACUGCUUCCCGCACGGCCAACUUCGCCCCCGGCAACCUGGACCAGCCCAUCGUGUUUGACCAGCUGCACAGCAACCUGGGCGACAUGUACGACACCCACAUCGGCCGCUUCACCUGCCCCGCCAACGGCACCUACGUCUUCAUCUUCCACAUCCUCAAGCUCGCCGUCAACGUGCCCCUCUACAUCAACCUCAUGCGCAACGAGGACGUGAUGGUGUCGGCCUACGCCAACGACGGGGCGCCGGACCACGAGACGGCCAGCAACCACGCCAUCCUCCCGCUCUACCAGGGGGACCAGGUGUGGCUGCGGCUGCACCGGGGCGCCAUCUAUGGCAGCACCUGGAAAUACAGCACCUUCUCUGGCUUCCUGCUCUACCAGGACUGAAACCGCACCGUCGCCACAAGCGGCCCACUUCUGCUGACGCGUGGACUGCUGCUUUGCACUAAACUGUGAUACACUCAUUUCUAUUAUCAUGUGGUCAGGCAGCAUGCCAGUGCCCUUUCUCAACACCAGGCCCGUUUCCAAACAUGGGAUGGUGUUUAUGGCCAAAUAAGAUUUAUUUUUCUUUCUUUCAGGCUGUGCUCAGCGAGUUGUUCUCUACAUUUAAAACGGCUAUUUGAAUUCUGAAUAAAUCGGCUAAUUGUCGAUAUCCACACUAAUGCACUUUCCCUAUGAAUGUGUGGUUCAUGGUGGUGAUGGUGGCCAGGUGACUCCUUGUGACUGUGAACUAGUUUUUUGACUGUACCAUUGAGGGGGGGGGGGGACUGGGCUUUCAUCAUGAGUGUCCCUAACUGUAGAUGCAACUGUUACAUAUCACCUCUGUUACAGCCCACAUGUCUCGGACACCAGGUUUCAUUGUGACCUCUGAUGCAAUGUUAAGAUUGUGCCUUUUUUUGUUUUUCAUUUCUGAAUGGCUUAUGACUGACUGACUGGAUUACUGUAGUGGCAAGUGAACCGUAUGAAUGGCUUAUUUAUGGGAUGACUCGUAGCUGACUUUAGAGUGAGCACUUGGCUUGAAGCAAGACUCUUAAAAGCAUUUACUCUUGCCUGUUUUUGUGAAUGUGGAGUUGAGGGGUGGUAGGAUGGUGUUUCUGGUGAUCGGUAUGGUGUUGGAACACUUGAGGUCAAAUUAUUGCACUAACAAAGACUACUGUGGAGAAGUUGGAAGUGGUCCAUUGAUGUGCCUAAAUAAAAGAUGAG